UCUAGAUGAUGCUGAGGUCUCCUCUGCCGGCGGCUGCAGCUUCUCACACAGCCUCUCAUGUUUCGCUCCCUCUUUUCUUCUUCUUUUUAACUAGCGCGCGGGGAGGUGCUGCCACAGCGCGCCCCUUGACGUCACCGCUUCUCGCGCGCCCCCGCCCAGGGUGGGAGGAAGGGGAGGGGGUGGCCCCCCGCGCGAGCGCGUCCCCCUGGCCCCGGCGGCCUCCUGGCUGCGGCGGGGAGGGGCGGCGGGCCGCGACGGCGGCGGACGGAGGGGGAGGGCUGCGAGCCUUCGGAGCCAGCCUCGAGGGCGCAGAACCCAGCGUGCCCGCCUCGCCGCGGCGCCCGGGUGGGGGCGUCUACCGCUCCGGGUCCCUGCCGGCCUGGGGCAGGGGCGCAGUCCCGAGAGUCCGGGACUGCCCGGCUGCUGCAGCCAGCAGGCUCCUCUCUCCUCCACUCUUCCUCUCUGCACUGCCCGGGCUAAAGGCGGCCAAGCUGAGGCUCCGAGAGAAAAGGGAAAAUUGCAACCCUUGCCUACAACCGGGCUGACAGCAUAAUUAGGAAUCAAGAAUCAACACUGGGUUAUAUCUUCAGAUUAAACCUAGAAAGACCCCUUGGAGGCUGAAGUGGGAGAGCAGGCCACGCAUACACUCGAACAUGAAAAAUGGUCUCCUUUCAUCAGAGAGCUCUCCCUCUUCGGCUAAACCGACAGAGUGGUGAAAAGAAGAAGGGAAUCCUUCCUGACCGAAAUAAUCCAGACAAAUCAAGUCGACCUUUUUUAGCAAGAAAUGGAACAGCAUAAGGGUGGCUAGUUCACAUCUUCUGCUCAUACCACCACUGAGCAACCCCCCUAGGACUGCCACCCAUAUGCAGGUCAUGCCCUGUGCAAGAGCACCUAAAGUGGGAGCUGAAGCCCUGCCCAGGCUCCAUUCACCAAGCAGAGCUUAUGUUUCUGUGUGUCUGUGUCUACCCAGAGGAUGUGGGUGCUUUUUGAAAUGUGCACCAGGGCAUCUUGUGUGAGCUAGCACCAGCUUAGACCAUCCCACCCUCAUACCCUGGUCCUAGCCAGGGUUAUGUUCCGUACUUUAGAAGAAUUAAUGAUUCUCAUGAACAUAUUCAGUUUAUUAUAAAAAGAAAUAUGUGAUGCAAAUUGAAAUUAAUUUCAGAUGUAAAGCUCAAACUAUUACCAUGUAUGUGAAUUAUGUAUGUAUGCAUAUGUAUAUGCAUACAUACAUAAUUCGAGAGUUAUAUGAAUAUACAUUUUUAGUGUAUCAGAAGUGAUGACGAUUUAACUUUGGUAACUGUUUAAAAUAAAAUUAUUUUGGGUUUUGGAA